AUGACUCGCUCGCUUCUCUUACAGCGCCUACAGUCGGUCGCCGAGCAGCAACCUUCCAACCAGCCGCCCAGCAGACCGCCUGACCUGCCGGCCGAAUCCGCGCAGAGGGCGGAGGCUGCCCGCGCAGGCGGUCCCGCGACAGCAACCGCGCAACGAAAAGGAGCAGCCGCAGCAGGGAGGGGUUCUGGGGAAGGGCCGGGUCAAGGGGAAGGGCGAGCGGAGGAGCAGCGCGGUGCUGUGCGGUUGGAGUCGGUUCUGGCUGCCAAUUCCCUUGUCGCCCUGCCUGGUCGCUCCGCCGUCCCCCCUUACGCCUUCCCCUCGCCCUCCCUCCACUCUUCGCUCCUUGGCCUCCCCGAAAGCACUUACGAGCCUGCUGUGCUGGGAUCGACUAGGGGGCGGUGCACCGCGAGGUUGCGGCGAGGAUUCUCGCGGUAUUUGGGGGAGCAGCUGCGAAUGCGGUGCAAAGUGGUGUGCGCGUGGGUAAAGGAAAUCCAGCUCCUCCAGUCGCUGCUGCUGCCUGAAGUCUCCUGGGACCCCUCCACUCAGCGCUUUAGCCCCGACCCCAAGGUGAGAGUCCUCCACGUGAGAGAGGGCGAGGUGUGGUCUGUGCAUGACCCCAAGCUGAGUAUCAUCCCGCGGCUGAAGCAGCACGGGCGGUGGCGGCACUCCUUGCUGUUCGUUUCCCCUCUUUCACCACUCGCCCCUCCCCACUUUCCCCCUUCCCGACGAUGGGAGGAGGAGGUCGAGGAGGAGGAGGAGGAUUGGGAACAGGGGGAGGGAGAGGAGGAGGAUGGGGAAGACGAGGAUGAAGUGGUGGAGGUGGAGGAUGGGGUGGAGGGGAAUGGGGAGGAGGAGGAGGAGGAGGAGGAGGAGGAGGAGGAGGAGGUGGAGGGAAGAGGGCGGGAGGGAUGGCGCGAUGGAGGCCGACUGCGGCGUGUAGCAGGGAGGAAUAGGCAUGGAUCGGGAAGGAAUGUGCGGAGGAGGACAGACAGAGGGGCGGUGGAGGGAGAGCGGUGGAGUGGUGGAGAGUGUUAG